UUAUGUCCAUUCUUCCGCGUACCUCUGUCGUCUGCACGUCUUAGAAAGAGUUUAAACAAAAAAGGAAAACCGUUUCUUUCAAUGAAAUUUUCAUCUAUUAUAUUUGUUUAUUCGUUAGUUUAACCAAAUGUAAACAUAAAAUGCGUUGACAAUCAAGGCAGAACGGAACUUUGCUUCACUCACAGGACUAUCGCGUGGAAAGUCUCGACAGUUGCUGUCGUGUUGAGGGAAAACAGGUGGAAUAUUGACGGUUGCAGAACCUUCAGGCAGACAGCAAGUAGCCUCUUUGAAAGGUGCAAAGGCCUGUUUUCUGAAGUGCAAGGACACAAGAGCUGUAAUUUCCAGGGGGUUUCUCAGCAGAUGGUUUCCGCUAGCCUCAUUUGAGCAUUUUAGCUUUAUUUCCCCUUGGGUUUGUGAGAAGACCAGAGCCUGGAACCUCAGUCGCUACAGCGAUCAUCGACCCUCAUUCCCGGCCGGAGGAGAGAACGAACCCCGACGCUCGAAUGCAUCUGUCACUGGAUACCAUGAGCAUGGUGGACGACGGCUGCCUCUCGCCCAGUAACUUCCACGAGAUGGUGAAAGGAGGGGGGGCGGCGGUGGGCGGCCGCGUCCACAGCAUCGACGUCAUCCUGGGCUUCAGUAAGGACCAGGACCCCCUGCUCAACCCUACGGGCACAGCUGGGCCCCACAAAGCUGAUGUGGAGAGCUUGGGGGACCCUGGAAAGCAGGACCCCUCGCACCCUUAUGGACACCUCCCCGCCCUGAGAGACAGCACAGAGCAGCCUGCCUAUCACAACUCGGGCCUGUUCUCCAACAAGUGCGAGGAGGACCUGAGUGAGCUGCAGAAGGGCAUGGAGAGCGAGGGCAAGUCGCCCGACCCGCUGGACGAGGAGCAGCCCAAGAAGAAGCACCGGCGGAACCGCACCACCUUCACCACCUACCAGCUGCACGAGCUGGAGCGUGCCUUCGAGAAGUCGCACUACCCCGACGUGUACAGCCGCGAGGAGCUGGCCAUGAAGGUCAACCUCCCGGAGGUCCGGGUCCAGGUGUGGUUCCAGAACCGUCGAGCCAAGUGGCGACGGCAGGAGAAGAUGGACGCCAGCACCAUGAAGCUGCACGACUCCCCCAUGCUCUCCUUCAACCGGCCGCCCAUGCAUGCCAACGUGGGGCCCAUGACCAACUCCCUGCCACUGGACCCCUGGCUGACCUCCCCGCUGUCCAGCUCCGCACCCGUCCACAGCCUGCCUGGGUUCAUGGGCCCCGCGCAGGGCCUGCAGCCCGGGUACUCCAGCCACGGCUUCCUCAACACCCCCCCGGCCAUGCCACAGGGCAUGCAGCCCAUGGCACCUCCGCCGUACCAGUGUCCCGCCACCUUCUCCGACAAGUACCCACUGGAGGACGCCGACCAGCGCACCUCCAGCAUCGCCUCCCUGAGGAUGAAGGCCAAGGAGCACAUUCAGUCCAUGGAUAAAACCUGGCAGCCCAUGUGACAGACUGGAGACGGCCUGCUUUGAAACUCCUUUUUUGUUCUUGCUUUUGUUUUGCUUUCGCUGAGCUGGUUCAACAACCUUCUGGACGCGGGACUGGAAGCACUACGUAGAUAUAAGUGAUUGUGAUAUUGUUUUUUUUCUUUGUUCAGCAGUGACAUUUCGCACCCAGGUUACGCUCGCUGUAAUAACUGCCUGGUUGAUGUCGGAGUGGUGACGUAUCGGGAUAUGUUCCUGUUCCGCUUGAGGCCUUGUGUUUCACGCUGGAUAUCUAUGUCACACCCUCAGAUCCAAUCAUCCUCUUGACCCCUGUAAAUAAACAGCACAUUAUCCACAGUGAGAACAACGGUGGCUUUGCUCACUCUGGGAAAGGAAUCCCUGAAUAUUACCUGCAACAAUGGCUAAUCACAUAAGUGGGAUUUGGCUGGAAAAGCAUUAUUAUCAAAUACAAGAAUAUAGAAAUCAUCUUGUUUUAAAAAAAUAAAAUAAAAAAGUAUACAUAUAUUUGUUGAUGAAGCAACCUUUGAGUAGGAGAUAGAUGAGUCCAGUUAACCACAUGAAUCUUCAUUUUGACCUGAAGAAACUGGAAGAAGACCCCAAUGGAUUCCUCUAAGGAGCAUCUCUACUCUCACUUGCUGGCCACUUUUGAUCCCCGUUUGAAUCAGAAUGUCCCAAAGACAGUUGGGCGCUGUCAGUUUUUGGGGCCAAACAGGAAGACGGCUCCAGUGAUUGACAGGAGAAAUGGCAGAUUUCAUGAUUGUUUUAGAGCCACUAUACACAAAAUGUACCUGCAUAUAUUUCCCCAAACAGUUCACGAAACAAAACAAAUGUGAAAUGUAUUAAUUACAUUAAUUGAGGGUUUUAAUAUUCACCGUGUUAGCAAUGAUAUUAUGGUUGCAGUUUAAUUUUUCAGUUUUCUACCUGGACAUUGUGAUAGACUUCCAAGGUUGCACUGAGGAGGAUGCAAAAGGGGGUGCCCUGCAGAAUCCUUUUCAACAUUACACAUAUGUGUUCAUAGUUUCCAUUUCAGAUGCCCAUUCUGCCCUGUCUCGCCACAUUUGUAUGUAUGAGACUGUGGUGUGAGGCAUGCACACACCUACAGCACACCAUUUAUUAUAUAAUUCACUGUAGCCCACAAAAGAGCAAAGGAUGUAGGAAUCACUUUAAGAAGGUUCUAGACUUCACUUAUAAAUGUAGAGAAUGUUAAGUAUGCUACAUUUUGGAAUACAAAAGUUACAUCAUAAUUAUUUGAUUGUCCAUGCAAUGGGGGAAUUCAGGGUACUCCCAGGCUCACUAGUAAUGAACUUAACAGUAUUUCUGCCAGCUUGAAAAACUUGAAAUACUGUCAGCUUUGAAUAGUUAACUUCUGUUUUUCUUUUUAUAAUCUAUAUUACAUGUUUGGUUUAAGAGUGGUUUAAUCCCAAGGGUGAGAUUUCCUGGAAAAAGUCUAGUGGUGUCUGGAAGGGGAGGAUGUGCAAGACAAUCUGUCAGACCGGUUAAUUUGGACAGACGUGAACAGCUCUUAACACCUAAUUAACUGCUUUAAAAGCGAUUAACUCCUGCUUCUAAUUGAUUUGAGUGACAGCUGCCCUAAGAAAACUUCAGACUGUGUUCGCCCACAGAAAUCAGUACCAUCCUCCACUGAACUGAAGGAGACAGGCCAACCAGAUGAAUUAAAUUUUAUUAAAUGAAUGAAAAUGUAUUUUUAAAAGGCUCCCUGGGAGUGGAGAAGCUGGUGCAUGCUGGGAAUGAGGAAUGACAAUUAUCAAUAUCUAAUAAUCUCAAAACUAAAAAAUAUUGAUGGCAAGUAUACACUUUUGUUCUCGCUUUUGGUGUGCACACCUUCAGUGCUUAAAGUCAAAUGAUAAAGAACCGCAAAUAGGGGUUGGAUCUCCCCCUUGAAUGCAGUUACCCUGCUGGACGACAGUGAGACAGAGUGGCAUUGGAACUUUAAAUAUUACUGGUUCAUUUCCCAGGAGGUCACAGUUUUUAUACUAUCCUGUCUUGUAAUUUUGCAAAUGUAAGCACAGUAUAACACUCCAAAGCUAUCAGCAAAAUUAUUAUUUUAUAUAAUAACCUAUAACAACAACAACAACAAUAAUAUCAAUAGCAUGUUUGUUUACUGAGCUCCUGAUCAGCAUGGCAUGUUUGAAUUUGGUGUCUGGCUGUAUUUUUGAUUUGUUUAUUUAAUUGUUUUUUUUUAAAUUACAUAUUAAUUAUUCCCUUACCCUCAACUGUGAGUUUGUUGAAAAGGCUUGCAGUGGCUUGGUUGCAUAGGUCACUUUGGGAAGGGGAAAAAGUGCAAAAAUACACACACCAAAAUAAAAGCCCUCAGCCCAAAUUCUGGGACAUAGAAUUUUUGUUGUUGUUUUUGUUGUUGUUAUGUUAUAGCACUCACAGAAUGAGAGAACGGCAGUGUGACACGACAGUUGUUUAUCUGUGGGUGGAGUUCAUUCUCACAUACGAAGGAGCAUGUCCUUACUUGGGGGGGUGGGGGGGUGGAGCUGGGGGACUGGGCACCAGGAGCCACUGGAUCAACAUUGUUCUGCCUCAGUGAGUGUCAGAGAAAGGAAAUGCAUUUGCAGCUUGGCCGCCUGUCACUGCGGGUACGUGCAGAACAGCAGACGGGGACCUGACUGAUGUGUCACCCCGCUAAGUUUGCCCAUUGUUCUGCACAACCGAUCAAGCCCCCUCUUCUUUGUCUGAAGUUCUUGAGGAAAAACGGUCACAGAGUGGACUAAUAGGCGUCGCCGCUAAAACACUGACCCUGAACCACUUUAACAAUGAAAAAAAAAAUCGUUAUCUAUUUACUCUGUGAAAGAUUUUUUUUCCCUUCAAAUGGUCAUCUGCACGGGUACAUUAUAAAUACUCUGGGUUUAGUACUCUUAAGUAUUUGCCAUGUUGUUUGGAGAGAGAAUGUGUUGGGUUAUGUAUGCUAACGAUGCUAAACAUAUUUGUUUCGUGGUUUAAAAAUGACUGUUCACCUUACAUAUGUACAGCACACAUGUUAAGGUUGAUGAUUUAGAUAUAGAAUGAAAAGGUUAAGAUAUAACGCAGUUUGGCAUCUGGAUUGUUACUACAACCUUUUGUAGGCAUGAAUAUUAUUUUUCCAGUUUACACUGAAUUUAUUCAAAAGCAAAUGGUUUAAAUUUCAUAACUAGUAGUAUAUUACUGCAUGGGUGAAGACAGUUUCCUUCUCACAAAAGUGCAAUUUUUGUUAGGAUACUCAAAAGUAUACUUUGAAAGGAUAUUCAAAUCUUUUUUCUUUUUUUUGCCCAUCACUAAUGAAAACACUGAUUAAAAGUCCCGGUUAAAAGUCUUUGGUUCUUUUAAAAACAUUGGAAAUUUAAGCUUGGCACAAGGUAUAGAUCUACUCCUAAAACAAAAGGACACGUUGUCAUGGAGUUGGUGGAAUGGAGCAUUCAAGUAUUUUUGUGCUGUAUCAUACACAAUAAUGAUAACACAUUCUCAUGAAAGUAAUUAGCUGUCCAGCAAGCUUGUUGGUGUUUGAAGGAGCACUUCAGCAACAGUCAAUUGGAGCUGAUCAGCUAUGCUUGUGAUCCACUGCAAUAUUGAAUGCUCUGGUAAAUGUCUGUUUCUUAAAUGAUGGAUUUAAGGGUGGGGGGAAGGGGGAGGGGGCGUGUUAGCAUGUGCUGCUGGGAUUAACAUAGUACAGCUGAAGUAAGAAAACUAUUUUUUGUAAGAUUUAAUCCUAAAAUAAUAAUUUAAUUUGUGCGUCUAAUUCACAAUUAUUAAUUGUUGCUGGAAUUCUGUACCUCGACAAUCAUGUGUAACACUUACUAACCUAGUUGCACCUGGUGAUUGAUGAACAUAGAGGCUGAAAUAUGUGAUUAAUUGCCACUCUGGACAGGCUGAUUUUCUUUUUUCAUUCCAGAUUAUGUUUAUAAAAUGUUCAUUCAAUGAUAUAGUGCAGGGGGACUCGUUUGAUACUGGACUAAGAAUAAGCCAAAGUAUAGAUAUUUUUUUAAUUGAGAAAAAUGCACUAGAACCUGGGGAAUUAAUUUGUGAUUCAUAUCUGAAAGUGUACAGGUAAAAUUUUAUUCCUGUAUGGCCAUCAUUUCUGCUGCAUGUUUCUUGUAAUUUUUUUAGAUGUUUUCUUUGAACUGACUUCCAUGUUCUAUGGGAAGAAAUUUAAUAAAGUUGGAAUAAACUUUAAAUAAAGAAAUAUAGUUUGAUAGA